AAUACGGGCGACGGGCAGAAUAACUUCAAAUCAAUAUGGCCCCUACUAAUGUCAAGGCCAAGGCCGCCAAAAAGGCCGCUUUGCAGGGCGUGCACUCGCAUUCAACACGGAAGCAGCGAUACUCUGUAACAUUCCACCGUCCCAAGACACUCCGCCUGCGCAGGAAUCCCAAGUACCCUCGCAAAUCCAUUCCCCAUGCACCACGAAUGGAUCAGUUCCGAACCAUCGUCUCUCCACUGAACACGGAGUCGGCGAUGAAGAAGAUCGAGGAGCACAACACCCUCGUCUUUAUUGUUGACAUAAAAUCGAAUAAGCGACAAAUCAAGGACGCCGUAAAGAAACUUUAUGACGUUCAGGCUGCUAAAAUCAACACCCUGAUCCGACCUGAUGGGAAGAAGAAGGCAUACGUUCGGCUCACACCCGACCACGACGCUUUGGAUGUUGCAAACAAGAUCGGAUUCAUCUAAGUCUGUUGUUGCAUUUUCUACCAUUUCGUCGUGUAUUGUCAUACUAUUCAAUCAUAUGCACCUUGAUGAAUCCACGUUUCUGCCUCUAGUUAUGAUGUCGUUUCGAAUCUUUGAGCGACGUAAUUACAAAGCCUGUUAAGUCAAUAAGUUUCCAGUGCUACAUAGUUGUGAUCGUGGACUGUCUUAAGGAAAGUUAAAAAUGGUUUGUGUAACCGAGAUCAUUUGUUGCG